UUCAUUUCAACAGCUGUUUGUGUUGUUCGCAUUUCAGGAUUAUUUAUAAAAUGUACAAACUAUAAAUAAACUUUCGUAUCAUACAGUAUACACUUUCACCUCAGUUUUAAGUGAAGUCUGCGGACACAUCAUAGUGUUUUUGUUUAUAAAAUUAAAUACAGUUCAAAAUGCAUUGUGAUCUAGAGAUGUUUAUAUCGGCUAGGACUUUUUUGUUGUUUUAAUUUAUCAAGAGUUGAAAUAGUGACACCGGUUUAUCGGCAUAAUGAAAUAAAUCUCUGCACACUACUUAUUUGUCGUACAACUCAGUCUAGAUAAGAUAGUAACUCAAUAUUUUUAUUUCUAAUCAGAAACGUGUGACAUGUAAAUUUGUUGAAUGCUAGUGUUAAAUGUGCUAAUAAAUUUUUGAUGUAUGUGAAAUAUUUGUAUAAAAAUGCCGGGAAAAAUUAAAGUAAAGGUUUUGGCGGGUAGGAACCUGCCUGUGAUGGACAGAGCUAGUGACACCACCGAUGCUUUUGUUGAGGUAAAGUUUGGAGGAGUGACCCACAAAACAGACGUUUGCAGAAAAUCUUUGAACCCCCAAUGGAACAGCACGGAAUGGUAUAGAUUUGAGGUAGACGAAUCAGAGCUCCAAGAUGAACCGCUACAGUUACGCUUGAUGGACCACGACACGUAUUCCGCGAAUGAUGCAAUUGGUAAAGUUGUUAUCAGUUUAGCGCCUCUGCUUGCGAGGGAGGCUAACAACACCAAUGGUAUCGCGGGACCUCCGGGAGGUGCAGUAAUGUCAGGAUGGAUACCUGUCUUCGACACGAUGCACGGUAUCCGCGGCGAACUGAAUGUCAUCGUUAAAGUUGAACUGUUCUCUGACUUCAACAAAUACAAGACUUCUAGUUGUGGCGUGCAGUUCUUUCAUUGUCCAAUGAUUCCACCUGGAUAUAGAGUGUCGGCUAUCCACGGAUUCGUAGAGGAGCUGAUUGUCAAUGACGAUCCUGAGUACCAAUGGAUAGACAAGAUCCGGACACCUAGGGCGUCUAACGAGGCGAGACAGGUUGCUUUCAUCAAAUUGAGCAAUCAGGUACAACGUCUAGUCGGUCUAAAAGCGGCAGAGUUAGGUGCGAACGCAGUGGUGGGGUACCAACAAGACUUCGAUUUGGAAGGGGAGGCUGGUGUGGUGGCAAGAGCUAUCGGAACGGCUGUCAGUAUAACCCCUCUACCCUUACCAAGUCAACCAAUGUCGGUACAGCUUACACAGCAACAGUUGAAAAAGUACUUGGACAUUUUAGCGACCGAAGACGAUAGUGUCGAUGACCUAAAGGAAUAUUACCAACACCAUCAGGACGAAUUGCAGAUGAUUGUGAACAUAUUGAACCCUAGAACACCAUCCAUGCUAGAUGAACCUGAAAAUAAUGACGAUGACGAUAGAACUUUCGAAAUGAUACGACCUAGCCCACAAAGUUAUUAUGGAAGCCAAUCUAUUUAUCAAGACUUGGCGACCCAAAGGGGUCUGAAACACAUAUCCGAAGAUCAAUCAGAAUUGAACAGAUUGUUAAAUCGACAAGAUUCCGACUCGGAUUCAUCAGGUGCUAUUGGAAAAAUAAAAAAAAUAAAAACUAACUUAUUUUCUAAACGUUUUGUUCGCCGUCGCAAAUCGUCGAAACAGGACGAUCAAGUUUCGAUAAAAUCAAAUUCGUCAGACACUUCACGUAUAUCUGAAAUAAAGAAUGAACUGAAAAAACUAAAGCGUUUGAAUGUCCGUAAAUAUGAUGAGGACGACGAAGGUAUUAACAUGGCGUCGAUUCUAGCUCGAUCAGUGUUACAUGCGCAGACUAGUCUUGCAAGAAUUUCUGAAUCUCAAGAUUCUGAGCAUUCCCCAGGAUCGACUAUACGGCGUAUAAGUGAAUCUGAGUCUGUUAUUACUACAACUAAUCCAGAUCAAAAUCCAGACAAAGAAACUGGUAUUCAGAGUGAAAACAAAAUACCAGAAAUCCAUUGCGCCUCAAUGGAAAAUCUGCCUAAUGUAGACAAUCCUCAACCCGAGAGGAAGAUCUCUGAAUCGUGCCCCACUUCACCAGUAGUUGUGCGAACUGAAAAUCUCUUAAAAUUACCCGGAGACGUGAGCUAUUAUGGUUCAGUUUCAUCGGCAUUAUCAGCUGAGAGUUCAGAUAUGUACUCGACUUCGGAUGAAGAAGAAGACAGCUAUGGUAUGAAAUCUGACACGAUCAGUUCUGUUGUCAAAUCUGUGUUGAGACGUGACGUGGGUUCCGAAUUCAUAGCACAAAUGGAGCGGAAGCUAACAAGUCUUAAUACGUCUUCUUUUGAAAAAGAGGAUUGUAACGUUCCGUCUAACGUGGAUGUACAGCAAGACAAACGAAAUGAGAGUAAUGAUGUUGAGCCCAGCGCCGUAGAUGAUAAGUGUGUAUCAACAAAGUCUCAUAAUCAUCACUUUUUCAAAAUCCCAAAUCCCUUUGCACAUAGAAAGCUUUCUAGUAGCUUUAGUGCUCCGUCAUCGCCAGUUGAAAAGAAAGGCUUUGUGUAUCGCUCCUCAAAGCGGAUAAAGCGACAGCUUUCGAAAAUUUCAAAAAGCAGCAUGAUAAAAAGCUUAUCACAUUAUUCCCUGUUGCCUAGGAAGAAAUACGCAGAUCCGAAACCUCCAUUGAGUCAACCUGGAUCUGGUUCAGAUGUUACUUCCAGAGCCCCUAGUGAUACCGUGCUAGGAACUCAUUUCCUUUCAUACAACGACCUGCUUAAUCUCGAUAAAGAUGCCUUAAAUUGUAAUCGGCUUUGUAAAAGCGAUGAAUUCGGGACAUCCAAUGUAUCUAUGUACAUAGGUUCUGAACCUGUUUCCAGGGCGUCAUUGAGUGGUCCAUCGAGUAUUUACAGCAAAGAUGAACAUCAUUUUCGUGAACAAAGAUCGUUCAAGAAAGAGAAGCCAGCGAUAAAACCUGCGGGCUUAGUUCACACAGCUAUGGAAACAAUUUUAAUCGAUAAAGUACAAUCUCUGCUCAUACCAACAAGUCCAGAUUUCCAGUCGGCUGAAAAAAAGUUCUUCGACGACGUAAACGAAAGGUUGGAAUCCGUAGAAGCCGAAAACAAAGCGAAAGAUACGGCUAACAACAAUGCGAAAUACAAAAAGGAGAGGAAGUUAAUCAGACAAGACAGUAUCCAUUCGAAGGCAGAAUCGAUCGGGUCGCUCAAAAUGUCCAAGGAAAACACCUCUAACGUCGCCACCCCAUGCAAGUUAACCCACACGCCAGUCUUACAAAACUUCCAUCCCAUUCUUAGCGGCGCACACUUAGAGACCAUACCGUCUCUGCCCGAGAGCGGCGUAGAUAGAUCGGAGAGUUUAGACGUAGAGGGCGUAGAGUCAGAGUGCGAUACUAACAGUGCUAGCGUGUGUGGUAACUCGCAUGCAGCGUGCGAUCUUGACAGGGAUAAAUGUGAGAGGGAGAAGGGCGAUAGGGAGAAAUGCGAGAGGGACAAGGACAGGGGGUCGCCGCGGCACGCGCGCCACGAGUCGUACGGCGGCCGCGAGCCUGCGCCCCCGCCCGCGCCCUCGCUGCACUCCACCUCCACGCCCCUGGGCAUCCACCGCCGCUCCUCCGACUCCGACCUUAGCAUCACGCCUAAAGGUGGUUCCCUAAAUGCCUCUCUGGGCAACACGGGCAGCGGUGGCGGCGCGAUCCUGCGCCCGUCUAUGAACAGCAACAAUUUGGACAUGCUGGAGUACCCGUUCCUCACCAUGACCGAAUAUCCACCUGGCUUCAUUGUGCACAUUGGCGGCACGGUGUGCGCCCGCUCGGUGAAGCUGGUGGACGGCGGCGGCGGCGGCGAGAGCGGCUCGCGCGCCGCCUGGUGGGCCGAGCUGCGCACGGAGCUGCGCGCGCACGCCCGCGCGCUGCGCUGCCCCGCCGUGCUGGCCUACUGCGAGCGCGCCGCCGUGCGGGAGGAUGUAUGCGUUCUCUCAGCUUCCGGAACAGCGGCUGUGAUCAAUCUAGACUGCGAUUUCAACACGGACGAACCUUAUGUGUCAUUAGUGAACGGAUCCAAAAACACUAUAGAAGAGAGUGAGAAUGAGAGCUGCAGCAUCGCGCACGUUCCCUACUCGCCGGGAUCCGGCCCCUACAGAGCUGAAUUGGCUACGUGCGGGGAGUGUCGGCGAGCUCGAGUACCCACAGUGCUAUUGGCGACUUGCUCAAAACCGAACCGACUGACUUCAUACGGGAAGGCCGUUACGUUGACUGCUGUGGCGGGACGGAUACGCAGGGCGCCGCCGGCCGCCGAGCCGGGCGCGAGGGACAUCUCCGACCAGCUGCCCUUCCUGGAGUACGAGCUGCAUAAGUUACUACUCGCUAAGUUGAGGAUGCAGGGCGCGAAUGCGAUAUUCUCGCUGCAGACGCAGAUCGCGAUCGGCGAGCGCUGCGUGAUGGCGCUGGCCGCGGGCACGGCCGUGCGCCUCGCCGCGCUGCCGCCGCCAGCGCCGCCUAGGAUCAAGGCAACAGAAAAUGAUAAGGAUGCUCUGGAGAUACAAAAGGCCCUGUGGGACGCUUUCACAGCCAAUAAGGCAGCCAACGGUUACGAUAUAGGUACUGUAUGCGAACCGACACGUACAAAUGAUAUAGAAGGUGAGGAACCGCCCGCACUCGACCUGUGCGCUGACAAGGACGCUUGCUUGCUGGAAUUGGAUGAAGCUGAGGACGUGGAAACGGCGAAACUGCUGGCGAGUCGACGCAACAACAUGCAAGUGUAUACGAACGCGCUAAAGCCCUCCACCUCGCCGCACGCGCAACCCUAUGCGUUCAUGCAGGUGUGGCGCACGCGGCUGGGGGCGGUGGGGCCGAGCGCGGAGCGGCUCGUGGCGUCGGCGCUGAGCGGCGCCGCCUACAAGCUGCGGCGCCUGCAGCCCGCCGCGCUGGCGCCGCCCGCCUUCCAGCUGGACUUGCCCGAGGACGAAAUCCAGCUGGUAGUGUCCGGUACAGCACUCCCUCUCCAGGACCCAACUAAGGUGGAGCACACUAAUGGAACUGAGAAGGAACUGCAGCAUGAGGACGACAUCUUCGCGCUGGAUGAAGACCAGCUCGUGAAGAGCCAAACGGAGUCCAAUGAUGAGAGGGCUACUGGACCGGUGGGGCGCGUGUCGCUGAGCACGCUGGCGCAGGUGAGCGGCAGCCGGUGCGCGCGGCGCGUGUGCGCGCUGCGGCUGCUCUUCGUGCGCGAGACCACCGGCGUGCGCGAGCUCGGCGGCCUCAGCGGCUUCCUGCACACGUUCACGUGCGAGGUGUUGGCUAUAGUGCGCGCGUACACAGCCGCUUUGGGCGGGAACGCGCUCACCUCGUUCUACGUCACGCACCUCAUGCUGCAGGACAAUGCGCACAAGAAUCAGGGCCAAUGUCUCCUCUCCGUGGGCGGUGAUGUGGUUCAUAUAACUUAUUGACAUGACAUAUCUUAGUUAUUAGCUAUAAAUGUAUUCAGAAUCGUUCUUAUCUAUUUAUUAAUAAGUAAAUUGAAUAUUAAGAGAACCUUUAAAACACACUCGUUGUAAAAAUGUACAAUUAGAGAAAAUUUAUCUUGACAUUUCUGAAAUUGCGAUAAUAUUGUAAAAUAAAUAACACACUUUUCAAGUUGGUAUUAAGUUUUCUCUUUUAAUGAAAUACUUCUUUAAAAUAAUGAAUAUACCUCGCAAUGUUGUAAUAAUUGGAAAAAUCCUAAGCAAUAAUAUAAAUAGCCUCAUUUUAUAUUAACCUAAAGUGUUUGGAUUGUUAAUUUCAUCACAACAGGUUUAGACGUUUUUAAUAUAACGGUCUUCAGGUUAAAGCUUGCCACGUUUUGAUAUAUAAUAUUAUUAUAGUUUUAAUUUUAUAAAAUAUAUGCGUACUUUUUAAUUCAAAUCCCACCCUUAGAACCCAAACUCGUAAGAAUAUUAA